UCAGCGAGAUCAUCGGACAUAGCCGGGAAGAACUUCCAUAUGUGUAAGAUAAAAAUAUGUGAAGCAAGUAUAAUGUCGGUACUUGCCCCUUCAGAAGAUAAUGUAAACAUUGGGAAAUAAAAUGUGAACAAGCUAGAGAGAGAAAUCAUAAUAUGGAGUAGUAAAU